UCCGUGGUAUAUGUGUAUCGCAAGUGUGCAUAGAAAUGUAAACAACUCGGUGUAAAUAAUAUGAAAAAGUUGUGAUUAGUUCUCGCAUUUUAUGUGCUUUGAAUGUACCAAAACGAACAAAUUAAGCAUACUUCACGGCAUACACUUCGGAUGUGGUUUGCAUUAUCCCAAUUUUUUUUGUAGGCGUGAAUCAAGGGUUCAAUAAUUUGUUUGAAAUGGGUGCUAACCAAGAAUUUUGUCUGCGGUGGAGUAGUUACCAAGAACAACUCACUGAGGCCUUACGCUCUCUACUUGAGAAGGAACUUCUUGUUGAUGUCACUUUAGCAUGUGAUGGACGUUCAUUACGUGCCCACAGAGCAAUUCUCUCUGCUUGUUCCAGUUAUUUUCAGGAGUUGUUUCAGGAAAGUGAGCAUCCACAUCCUAUUGUGAUUCUUAAAGAUGUCAGAUUUGAGGAGUUGAAAGCUCUAGUGAAGUUCAUGUAUCAUGGAGAAGUUACCAUGAAUAAUGAUUCGCUGCCUGGUUUCUUAAAAACCGCAGAGACUCUACAUAUCCGAGGCCUCACAAACAGGGUUGUGCCUAUACAUGAGGUGAUAUCUUCCCAAAGGUCAAAGGAUGUAGAUGAAUCAUUGUCACAAGAAGUAACAGUAGGGGAAGACAGCAAUUCUACAGAAAACAAUGCAAGUACUGAAUCUACAAAUGAUACAGGAAAACCACCGGAACAUAAACGGAUCAAGACUGAACCUCAGGUUCUGCUUGUUGACAGCGCACAACAAAGAGAUGAAAGCAGUCUUCCACUUACUACACUUGACGGCAUCAGUCAACUAGUGCUACCUGUCCUUCAAGAGGAUUCAAGGCCUUCUAGCCAGUUCGCAAUUAAUCAAGGUUUAUGUCAUUCCAUACUACCUCAUCAGCAGCAAAGUCCAAACAAUCAUAGUCUUAGUAAUCUUAGUAAUCGACCAUUCCGACACAGAGUGCUCUGGAAUCAUGAUCAAAUCCUGCAGCUGGAGUCAUGGUACCUUGCAGACCGGUAUCCUACUGGCCAAGCAAUGCGCCAUUAUGCAGAUGCUCUAGCAUCCAUGUGUCCAACUGGUGCAAGUCCCACUCGUCAGAAUGUUGACUAUUGGUUCCAGAAUCGACGACGAAAAGACAGUCACCCAGAAGUAUUGCAACAGCGAGAAAAAAAGAAAUUGGCAAAGACAUUGUGGGGCAAUAUCCUUGAUCAAAGGGCAGGGCAUAGUGGAUCAUGAUAAGUGUGUUUAAAUGUAUCUAUUUAUGUUCCCUUGAUAUAAUGAUUGUUCAAAUAUAUGUGUUGGAAAGGAUCCCACUUUUAACUCUGUAGAAAAGGAGAAAUUCUAUACUCAUUGUAUGCAAAUUGAAGGCUCAGAUUUCAUAUUAUAGUAAACUUAACAAGAUAGCUGUUUGGGUUAGAAAAGAAAGUGUUAUGUAGUAAAUCCAAAUUAAAAAAAUAGAUCAACCAUUUUCUCCUUGCAGCUCCUUCUUUACUUACUCACAUACAUAGUAUGUAUGAGGUAGAAUUAUGGUGGUGAAAGAAAUAAACCUCAAGAUUUUUAUGGAUAUGUACGUGUUGAUUCCUCCUGAAUAUGAGAAAUAUUUUUUGGAAUGCUGUUUGUAUGUGGAUGUGUGCCUCACUGCCACUUGAACAGUUGCACAUAUUGAAUAUCAUUUUGGUUUUAUUUUAGACAGGAAUAUGGCUGAACAGUAUCUUAUAUAUUCUUUUAAGUUGAAAUCACAAGAUUUUACAUGUUUCUGGAGCCUUUAUUUGUAGUUGAUCACGAUUGGCCGCAUGAAAUAGUUAUUAAUGUUAUGAUUGGUAAAGUCGUUCGUGUAUUAUAUUUUUUAUUUACACAUUGGUUAUAGCCAUAACGCAGUAUUUAGCUUAUAUGAUUCCAUAUGUAUAUGUAUAUACUGAUUUAGUAAAAUCUUACAUGUUGUAUUGUAGCACACUGUUGCACUGUAUCUUCUUAUUAUUCAUGUAUUAUCUGCUGUCUCACAUACAACUCACACUAAAAGUUCCAAAAUGUUCUAAAUUUUUACAAGGUGUAUGUUUUUAUUUAACACAUCCAUUGCACAACAUCUGCACAUGGCGUAACAGAAGGAAAUACACUCAUCACCACAAAAAUAUACCAUUCUACAAUGCAAGUUGCACAUAAGUGAAAUUAUACUUCAGAUUUUUAAAUUUAAAUCAUAAAAUUAAGAAACUGUAUCAACAAGCUUUAUGACAAUGUACAGAAGUGCAGCAAUUUCUCCAACAAUUUUAAUGCAUCUGAUGAUUACCAAAUAGGCUGAAACAUGUUGUGCAGUAGAUGUGUUAAAUAAAGACAUGCAACCUGAAACAGGUGAAAGUUUUAAUAAUUUUAAAUUCUGAAUUUUAAAACUUUUAGUGUGAGUUGCACGUGAGAUGGUGGGGAAUAUAUUUAUAAAAAAUCUUAUGUGUAUUUGUGCAAUGUAAAAAAUAGGCAGUGCAAUACCCAGUUUUCGGUUUUGGAUAAAAAAUUACCCUUUUUAGGUUCAUAAAUACAUUUUUUUGUGUUUAAGAUAAAAAUUAUCAUUUUUAGUGUGUAAAUAAAUUGAACACUGAUUGACAAGGGGCAAGAAAACAAUCAAGGAUCAAGAAGCUCUGUCUAAUUGAAUUUCUGUAUUAUAAUCAUAUUUAGGUUACAGUGGGACAAUGUUCUUGGAUUGAAAUCCACUGCUCUCCAAGGAUACCUUAAAUGAGGGUUUCACUGUAGUUGAUAACAGUUAACAAAAAAUAUACUUAAAAAACUCUUUUGUACAGUAAUAGAAAAUAUCCUAUAAUUAUUCUGUAGUUGCAUUAAGCUAUUGUUAAAUGUACUGUUUCGAGAACAACUAUAGCAUUGUCUCUAGAUAGCUGAGACUUGUUCCCAUCUUUGGUGUUCCUGAUUGCCAGGCCUACUUGCAGAUGUUUAGGCCUAUUGAACCUAAUGCAAAACACGGUUUGAUGUAAACAUGAAUCCCAGGCAUAAGCGUGUUGAAUGAUAGAUUUGUGUCAUGAGUCACCUUACUGGACGUGACAUGCUCGCUGUGUCGUAAGGGUAAAGAUUACGUUGACCUAUGUUACAUAUCCAGUGUAGCAUGUCAAUUAUAAAAUAAAUUUUGGGAUAGUGUUGAAUA